UCGAGUCCGGAGUUCAGGAGUAUACAGAAAGACGUUGGGAGUGCUGUCAAAUUUGCACGAAGUCAAGAUGUUGCUUCGGGUCGUAGCUGGUAUCCGGUUCGGGACCGGGAUCCAGAAGGAAGUCCUGCGGGCCGCGGUACCGGGAGUUAGGCAAGAGCGUCAUUCUUCCACUGCAGAGGACUUUCUCAAGAAGACUGCUCUGUAUGAGUUCCACCGUGCUCAUGGAGGGAAGAUGGUGGAGUUUGCUGGCUGGAGCAUGCCUGUGCAGUACAAGGACAGCCACAUCGCCUCCCACCUGCACACACGGCAGCACUGCUCCAUCUUCGACGUCUCUCAUAUGCUGCAGAGUGAAGUUCAUGGGAAGGACCGGGUGAAGUUCAUUGAGAGCCUGAUAGUGGGAGACGUUGCAGAGCUGAAGGAUAACCAGGGCACCCUCUCGCUGUUCACCAACGAGAAGGGCGGGAUCAUGGACGACCUGAUCGUCACGAAGACCAGCUUGGGUUACCUGUACAUUGUUAAAGACUCCGCCCACAUGCAGGCUAAACUAAAAGAGUUCAAAGCUGCCGGGCAUGAUGCAGAACUGGAGUUUCUAGACUAUUCCCUGAUUGUUUUGCAAGGCCCGGAAAUGGCAAGGGUCCUUCAGGCAGGUGUGUCAGACGACCUCCGCAAACUGACCUUCAUGACGAGCACCAUGGCAACGGUUUUUGGAAUCGCGGAAUGUAGAGUGACCCGCUGCGGAUACACUGGAGAGGGCGGGGUGGAGAUCUCGGUCCCCUCUCAGCACGCAGUCCAGCUGACCGAGACCCUCCUGAAGGACAGUGCAGUCAAGAUGUCCGGUCUGGGGGCCAGAGAUAGCUUGCGGCUGGAGGCGGGGCUCUGUCUUUAUGGCAACGACAUUGAUGAGCGCACUACCCCCGUGGAGGCCAGCCUGGUCUGGACGAUAGGUAAGCGGCGGAGGAAAGCGAUGGAUUUCCCAGGGGCUGCCGUCGUGGUUCCGCAGAUCAAAGAGAAGACGAGGAGGAAGCGUGUGGGGCUGGUGUCCACAGGGCCCCCUGUCCAGCAGCACACCCCAAUACUGAGCCCUGAGGGCAGGGUGAUCGGUGAGGUCACCAGUGGUUGCCCCUCCCCCUGCCUCAAACAGAAUGUUGCCAUGGGAUACGUGGAGGAGGAGUUCAUCAAGUUAGGAACGUUCAUCAAGGUGGAGGUCAGAAAGAAGGUCGUUGACGCGGUCGUCAGUAAAAUGCCGUUCUUCCCAACCCGAUACUACAGCGGGAAAUAGGACUGGACAGCAGGACAGACUGGGAAUUGUGUGUAAUUUGCACUCGGCUCUGGGGUACAGCGUUUCUCUUUGGAAUGUACAAGGGGAGGGCAAAUCAAAUGCAUAACAUAGAAGAUCUUUAUUUGAUCUCAAUAAUGAUGAUGCAGGAAUUCAUAAUUUCAUAAUUAACCAUAUACAUUUGGAACCAAAUCUUGGCAUAAAAGCACAGCAGUAGCCGAAGCUCUGAGAGCAUGCUGCAACAUGUAACAUUUUAGCAGGAGACAAGCUCUGAGAGCAUGCUGCAACAUGUAACAUUUUAGCAGGAGACAAGCUCAGUCCUCAUUUACUGUACAUUCAGAUACUGUACAUUGUAACAGAGAUACAGUAUUAGUCUAACCCAAGGCUGUCUUGUAGAUGAUUGAGAACAUUUUAGUUAGCUUUGUAGUUGUAGUAACUGAAUUUAGUCUGGGUAAAAAUGUCAGGGCUGAUUGGCCAGCUAACCUAAGAGUUCCACAUUUGAGACGGAGAGUGUAAACACACAUACAGACACACACACAAACACAGACAGACAGCAAGCUUUCAAAGUGAUAUGGACCCAGCUGUCAAGUAUGCUAUUAAAACUGCCAAGGAUAUUAGAAUUGAGAGUUUAUAAUACUAACUAAAUCUGUGAGGAUUAUUUUGUGGAAUUUCUAAUCUAGUUGUGCUUUACAAUACAGAAAUAAUUUUGUAAGAUGUAGUCCUGUCUUUUCUGCUGCUGGGUGUGCAUGCUUAAUGUUGAAAUGUACCUCGGCUUAUCUGUCUGUGGAAUACAGAGAACACGCAUUUAAAACUUUU